AGCUCGAUGGAAGGAGUAAGAAGAUGUGGGUUCUAGAACUGGUGGGAGAUUAGGAAAAGAGGAGAAAAGAGGAGAUUCACUAAAUGAGCAACUUGUCUCACCUCAGUGGGAAGAGAGCUAGAGGAAGGGGUCGUGGUGCAGUCACUCAACAACCUCGGUCCCAGUUAUUGUCAGUACCAGGGAGAGGCGUGGCUCCAACACCCAGAGUUGCCGUUCCUGUCACUCCUACAUGGGGCCCUACUAAACACAACGGGCAUGCGAAAGAAGAGAAGAAAUUGCCACAAUAUGUGAUACCGGAGAACUUCCUUAGUUCUGAUGAGGAAGAAGAAGUUGACCAGCAAGUGUUGGUUAAAGUGCUAGGAUCGUACGGAGAGGACAGAGAGGGACUCCAGAGCAAACUGGCCGAUCUCUACAACACUUCCUCUAGCAGCUGUCUAGUCUGCAUAUCAACCGUGCGGCACGCUGAGCCAGUGUGGUCCUGUCCCCAGUGUAGCGACUCCUUCCACCUGGUGUGUAUCCAGAAGUGGGCUAGGGACGGUAUCAAGGCUCCCUCUGUCCUCUCAGCUGAGCUGUUCCCUAACAAAGACGUUCCCUGGUUCUGUCCUAAAUGCAGGGAGGAGUUCUCCAGGAAACAGAUACCAACCAGAUACUACUGUUACUGCACUAAGAAAGUAGACCCAGUGUACGACCCCUGGAUAGCACCACAUUCCUGCGGAGAAGUGUGUGAUAAGCCCCUAACUUCUAACUGUGGGCACUCCUGUCUUCUUCUCUGCCAUCCCGGACGCUGUCCUCCUUGUCCUAAACAGGUGUUAAGUUCAUGUUAUUGUGGUGGAAGACGGAACGAAACGAGGAGGUGUGGUCAGGCUCGGUGGUCUUGCGGAGGAGUGUGCAACAAACCCCUCCAGUGUGGGCAACAUGCCUGUUAUAAAACCUGUCAUGAGGGAGAGUGCGCGCCGUGUGAACGAGAGUCCCUGCAGUCGUGCAGGUGCAGUAAGGAGUCAGCACUGAGACAGUGCCUCAAAUACGACUGGCAAUGUGCCAGAGUGUGCAGCAAGCCUCUACCCUGUGGGAACCACAAGUGUAUGGAGACGUGUCACUCAGGACGCUGUGAACCUUGUCCACCUUCUCUCAGAGCCACCUGUCCUUGUGGCAAAACACCCCUUUCAAAACACUACCCAUGUGACGCGCCAGCGCCCACGUGUGAGUUAUCAUGUGACAAGUCUCUGCCAUGUGGACAACAUUCCUGUUUUAGAGUGUGUCACCUGGGACCUUGUGAUACCUGCCUCCAAGUUAGAGACAAACCCUGUAGAUGUGGCAAGACUCACAAGGAAGUGACGUGUGCUCAGGAACUAACAUGCGAGAUAAAGUGUAACAAAGAGAAGGAGUGCGGGAGACACACUUGUAAGCGGAAGUGUUGUCCGGGAAGAGAGUGUGGCGAGUGUGACAAGAGGUGUGACAAGACAUUACCCUGUAGAAACCACAAGUGCGUGAGUGACUGUCAUCCGGGACGCUGCUACCCGUGUCCGGGGAAGGUGGAUGUGAAGUGCGCGUGCGCGCACACCAAGGUGGUGGUAGCGUGCGGGAGGGAGCGCAGCACGCGCCCUCCCCGGUGUAACAAAUCCUGUAAUGCUGCCCCGGACUGUCACCACGAGACUAGGGAGCCACACAGGUGCCACUUUAAGGCCUGUCCAACGUGUAAACAGAUCUGCGGGAUGAAGUUGUCUGGUUGCGCCCACGUGUGCGCGGCUCCUUGCCACGACCAAGUUGUGGUACCCAGCAAAGGACCUGGUGAACCUACAAUAGUCAAGAAGAGCUGCCCUCCUUGUUCUGUCCUGGAGCAGCUGGAAUGUAAGGGAGGUCACGAGAUCAGCACGGUGAAGUGCAGUGAGGCUGCUCCUUACUCCUGUUUAAGACCGUGUGGUAGACUCUUACCGUGUGGUAAUCAUACUUGUGAUAAAGAGUGCCACGAUCCGGGCGACGGAUGCAGCACGUGCGAGGAGAUGUGCGCGCGCACGUGGGACUGCCCGCACCAGUGUACACGUGCGUGUCACCCCGGUUCCUGUCCCCCGUGCAGACAGUACCUCAGAUUACCUUGUCACUGUGGCAUUCUACAUCUCUCUGUUAAAUGCACCCUCUUCUCUGAGAAGAAGGAUUUAGAGACUCUGCUGGGUUGUGGAAGUCAGUGUAGUAAACUAAUCUCCUGUCAGCACACCUGCAGGAAAACCUGUCAUCUGGGCAGCUGCUCCAAACCAACGGAGUGCAAGAAAAAGGUAUCACUCUACUGUGCGUGCCGUAAAGUUAAGAAGGAUUACAAAUGUGGGGAGGCGUGUGGGAAAGAGGACGAACUGUCACCCAAGUGUGGAGAGGAGUGUAAGAUUCCAAAGCAGCCGAUAAAGCAUAGCGAUGUUGAGAAAUAUGUAUCUAACAAAGAGGAACCCGAACAAGGACCCAAGAGGAGAUGGAGAGGACGGAAGAAGACGGAGGAGCCCUCUCAACCCUCCUUCAUUUCCAAUCACGGUGCUAAGAUAUCAGCACUCUUAGCAUUGUGUGUUGCGCUCGCUGGAAUCUACUUCUGCACUCUGGAACCCUAGCGAACACUAUCCCAAUUCCCACAUGACGCGGGCAUCUUUUAUCAUAAUCAUAACCUAAAUUUUACCAUUUAUAGUUUAUAAGUUAUGAGUUUUAUGGGGAUAAUAAUUAAUAUGCUGUUUAAAAGCAACCAGUAGGGAAUUAUUUAGUUAGUUUAAGUUUGAUAAAUCAUGUAUCAACUAGCAGCAGCCACCGAUUUUCUGAAGUUUUAAUUCUACAACAGGAAGUAAUCCAAAUAUAGUCAAGAUUUUCGGAAAUUAAAGAAUAAUCAAAUGAUUGCAAACCAUUGCCGCGUUAAUAAAAUGAAGCAGUUUAAUGAGAAAUCACAGUAGCUCUGAUAUCUUUACCGAAUGCAGAAGCGAAUUAAAGUUUGGCGUCACUUCCAUAUUCUAAACACAUUAACUUUAAGGGUGUGUUUUCAAGUUAAGCUGCGUUUCAAAGUAUGGGACCCUGAUCUUAUAAUUAACCUUUAAGUUCGGGAAUAUUCUUCCGCGAAAGUUUUAUAAUUAACGUUUCAUUAUGUAUGCACACAUUGCAUUACAUCAUCGAUUAUUGGUAUUUAUGGAAAACUUACCCUGAAUAUUGUCUAGCCGAGAGCCAAAUUAAAAAAAUUUGUCGCUGUAUUCUGCCUCAAAAAUUGUCAAGUUUGGGAAAUCUCGAUAAAUAUUUUUAAAAUCUUUGGGUGUCUACGUGGCGUAAUGGCAUUCUCGUAGACAUUUCCGGAAUACUUCAUACAUGUCAAAACAAGCAGGAACAUAUUAUGAACUCAGUUAACCUCUAUGUAUAUAUGAACGAAAUAGCAACUGUGUGGUUUCCUACUAAUACACGCUACAUGACAAGCUGUCACAAAGAGUCCAUUGUAUAAAUCUCAGCCCUGUCACUAAGAAGAUUGGUCAUUAGUGACCAGUCUGCUUAGUUUCAUAGUUAAAGUUUAGUAAUGAUACUGUUAGAACCAGUUUUCAGAUGUGUUUUAUUAUGAAGGGGGUUGUUGAAUCUUUACACCAAUAUUCAGGGUGCUUCUAUCAUCUAUAGAAUGAUUGGUUGUAUACCAUAGUAUAUUUAGUAUAUAAGUAUUAGCACAAGUGUUGACAGUUUGAGCAUGUGUGGUUGUUAACAUAUAUAUAGAUUUAUAUAUAAAUAUAUUGAUUGGGGAUGAAUGUUUGCGAGCUUUUCUUUGUGAUGAUCGUAGCUAUAGUUUUCGUAAGAUUGGUUUUUAAAUACGUUUGAUUAUUUUCAUUUCAUGAUAUUGGCAACAAAUUGAAAUACUAGUACGUUUGAUUAAAUGGUUUUGAGACUGAUCAGAAAUUUUGUAAUAAUUAAGUUGAAUAUAAAAAUUUCUGAAUUUAU